ACAGUGAUGACAUUAAAAUCCAACAGUCUCAUUGUAUUUUGUUUGUUAAUAUAGCAGCAUGCUGAAUCGCUUCGUUUAAAGUUUUCAGAAAAAGUCGUUAAAAUGAGCAUACUUUUGUGGUUUAGUAGUGACAGCGACAGCGAGGAGGAUUGCGAGAGCCUUGCAACGGAAAGAAAGAUAAUAAGAGACCGUUCAAACCCUUUGGACCAACCAGAAAAAUCGUUUAGAGAAUACUUCAAAGUUUCCAAAGAGAUCUUUAUGUAUCUGCUGAAUAUAAUUGAAGAUGAAAUUACCACAAUUAAACAUUCCCUUGCGAUUCCACCAAUUAUUAUGCUAGCAGCCUCGUUACGAUUUUUCGCAGAGGGAAGUUAUCAGAAAUGCGUAGGUAAUGAUCGAUUCAUUGGAAUGGCACAACCUACGUUUUCCAAAUCGUUAACAACGAUUCUUAACAUCAUUGAACAGGAAGUGUGUCCAAAGACAAUUCAGUUUCCUUCUGAGGAACGGGAAAUGAGCGAAAUAAAGCUCGCCUUUUACAGGAAAACCGGGUUUCCCGGUGUGAUAGGCUGUGUCGACAGAAUGCAUAUAAAAAUUAUUCCACCGGCACAUGCUAUAGAGCAUUUUUUCAACAAUAAAAGCUACCAUAGCAUUAAUGCUUUGAUGAUUUGUGACCACAAUUUGACUGUACGCCAUAUUGACGCCAAAAAUCCUGGGUCCUACAGUGAUGAAUCGAUAUGGAACAAAAAUUCAUUGAAUAAAUUAUUAACACAACGUCAAAACAAGCAACAAAAUUCCUGGUUAUUAGGAGAUGCGAAAUAUCCCCUGAAGCCCUUCUUAAUUACCCCUUUCAAAAAUGAAGCAAACAUCACAGAACAGCAGUUGCAGUUCAACGAAAUCCACUCGAGGGCGAGAUCUGUUGCCGAAAAAACGAUUGAGAUUAUUAAAAAUACCUUCCGGUGCUUGCUAGGAGAGAAAACGUUACAUUAUAAACCAGAGAAAGCGACUCAGAUAGUGAAUGUCUGUGUUGCAUUGCACAAUCUUCGAAUAAAGCACAAUAUAGGUUCUGAUGAACUGGAACUACCAAUCGAUGCUAAAUGUGAUAUACCAGUCAUAGAAAAUAAUGACGAUGAUGCUAGUAGUAUAAGGAACAAUAUUAUGAAAAAUAUUGUAUAAGCUAACAAACAUAAGAAAUCACUGAUCAGACAGCGCUACUUUACUUUACAAAAUCCAAGACCAUUACCGAAAAAAGUAUAAAGCAAUGUUAGUAGUAUUUUUUGAGUUCUUUUUUCGGAUGAAUAAAUAUCUGUUAACGAAUGAGCUCGAACGACAAAAUCUAUGUAGUUAAGUUGCAAUUAGUUUUCAUGCGCACAUUUUGACUUCAUUGAUAAACUAUCUGCUGUCCUGGUUGUCCGGGGACGCGAACCACCGUAGCAGUCGAUUGAAUUGGAGCCAUCU